AUGUGUUCACGGAAACCAUGUAUAUCUGAUCAUGACGUAUCGUCCUACAUUAAUGAAGACAUAAAUUCUAAUUCUACUUUAGUUCGGAAGUUCAACGAAAACAGCAAAACGUCCGUUUGUUUGACUUAUUUUGAUGGAUCAGCCUACGCAAAAAGACCUAAAGCUCGUCUAACAAAACAAGUCGGCAAGAAACCGUUCGUCGAGAGUUCCGACACAAAUAUCCGACACACGAUUACUAAAUGUAAAACAUGUGGUGACAAUGCGAACCAGAAUUCCAGUGAACGUAGAGCCAAGUCGGCGAUCGACGUGUCAGAAGCCUUACCGGCUGACGUGUGUAUGCAGAUGGUGGGCGGACGAGUACGUGAAAUAUUAGACUUAUUGGCCCGGUCGGACAACGACAUAGGAUGUGAGGAAGCCUGUAGGUUGCAGAAACUGUUUAAAUCAGUGAUCCGAGCACUCGACGACUUACGGAGCGCUUGCUGUAGACCAGGCCAGAAUACAAUAACUACGUUGCGGAAGUCUCGCAAAAAGGCCGCUCGGCUAUCCGGCGCCGGUUCGGAGACGUCCUUGUCGGAUGAAGUUCUGAUGUGCAAACAUUCACACAGUGUUUGCAAUCAAUGCACCGGUUCGGUCAAAACUAACUUGGAGACAUUAAUAAAAGCCGCUGCCAAUUUCGGGUGCUUGUACGGUUAUGCGGUCAACUCGGACGUAGUGAACAUACGUUAAGAGUACGUAUUAUUUAAUAUUAUAAAUUAAUAUGUUAACCCCCAGUCAAAAGUACUCAGUAUAAAUACUACCAGCUACCUGCUACUUCCAUCUACAGAUUUAGAAAAUCCUAUGGGACAACUGUGUUUACGUACCUAUUAUAAGUCCAUCCAGUGUUUAAUAAUAAAAUCUUCAGUUUA